AUGCGUUCUUCUUUUGCUUUGGUAGGCCUGACUCUCCUGUGCAACUUCAAUGUUGCCUUCGCAGGCCCAUGCAAGCCCCAUGGUACGACCGGUCAUACUGAAGCAACAGUGACGACAGCUGCCCCGACCACAUCGCAGACAAAGGGACCCGUUGUUGUCAAGAACGUGAUUGGUAACGGAAACUUUGCCGUCAGAGACCCCGCCAACCCAAGCAACAUCCCGAACUACGUCGUCGAAGGCCAGGGUCAGAUUGUCGAGAACAAGGGCUAUACCGGCGACGGCAGCAAAGAGAAGGGCUGUGUUGAGAUGCAAGCUGCUAAUACCCCUACUGGACGCAAGCGAGCGAUUGGAAACAUCGUCAGCAUUUCUCAACAGCUUGACUCCCUCGACAUCAAGAAGAAGUACACUAUUCGCUUCUUUUAUGCUGUGGUUACUGCUAGCCAGAUCAACGUCUGCACGCUAAGCGCGUCCAUCGCCGGCCAUGUCUUCUAUACAUCGACGAUCCUUAGUAUCGGAACGGCUAUUGACUGGAAUACUGUUCUUGAGCAAACCGAUGUUCCCAACGCACAAGGUGCCUUUUCAGUGUCGGUCAAUUGUCCGAUUGGUGGAAUUGCGGCUAUUUAUGUCGAUUCGAUCUUUAUGUCUAACCAGGUCACUCCUGAGACGAUCGAUGAUGUAGCGAUUGACUUUGGUGAUGGAGAUGUCGCUACUACUACCAGUAGUUUACCGGCUGGAUCUUCGACCUCCAACACGCCAAGCAGUGACGAGAGCACCAAGUCUUCCACGGAAACUGCGCACCCGACCACUAGUCUUUCCUUGGGUCCUGCUACUGAGACUUUCCAUCCAUCAACCAAGUCUUUUACUACUGUGUCUUUCAUUGGUAGUGAGACCACCGUCAGUCAGGAGCCAAGUACCGCGAAUGAGUUCACCGUCCCGACUCUGAACCCAUCUACAGCAUCAGAGAAGCAGUUCACGACUGUUACUCUGGACCCAACCACGAGCGCCUUCCAUCCUUCGACCGCGAAUGAGUUCACUGUCCCUACAUUGGAUCCAUCUACAAAGCAGUUCACAACCCUCACCUUUGACCCACCCACAAGCGCCCUACAACCUUCAACUGCAAGUGAGAUCACCGUCGAUACCGAAAGCUCCUUGCCAACUGGCUCGCGUGUCUGCCCCGUAGGAGCCCCUCCACCAGGAUACUGCACCCCUGUCCAGCCAGAAGUAUCCCAGACAGUGUCCUUGCCCGGCAUUCAACAAGUCGAUGACAAUGACCAGCCCACCGCCCCAAGAGCCUGCUGGGCUUUUGGAAAGGCCAAGCGAGGUACAUGGGGUCAAACAAGGUCAAGCCACCCUAGGCAAAACUCCAUCGCGGACUGCGCUUUGAUGUGCAAACAAGUAGGGGAUGCUUGCAAGGCCUUUGCGCUGGGCACCUUGGGCUCGGAGCCUAGCUGCUGGAUGCUUGGCGACACACUCGGCGUCGCUGGUAUUGAUAUAAACGCACAAGACUCUUUGAUGUGGAAUGAUUAUGAUUGCUUUGAGUGUCAUGACUGUGACAUCAGGAACCCAGCGGAUGUUGAGACUUCCAUCUUGGCACCUUCAACCACCUCUCUUCCAGCGAUCGAAACUACAUCCACUUCUCCCUCCAUUCCCACCCUCUGCCCCAACUGCCAUCUGAAGAGCUCACCAUCGUUAGACCUCGUCUGUGAGAAGAUUGGUAACCUCGGCACCGUUGAUCUCGCGCCUUAUGCCAACAACGAUUUCGACAAGGCCACUAUGCAGACAAACUCGGAACAGUGUGCGACUAUCUGUUAUCAGCUCGACGGCUGUGCUGCCUCAGCUCACGAUGCCGCGCGUGGACGAUGCGCCUUUACCAAUGUCGCUAUGACGAGCAGCGCAUUUGUGGAAGCACAGAAUGUGAACGCCCAUGAUUUCAUACUUCCAUGGAGUUCCCAGGGCUGCUGGUCUUGCUCCAACGAUUGUUCAGCUCAGCAUGAUACCACCAGCCAGGUUCCUAGCUCUACUGAACAUACCGUCGAGUCCACGACAAUGAUUCCAACACGUACUGAACCUCUCACAACCUUUAGCUCCUCUUACAUCCCAACAAUCACUGAGUCUUCGAUGCCUCAGUGUACCCUUGCUCUAUCCGAUGGAUGCACCUUUGAUCAGAACGACUAUGACUACCAAAACUGCAAUCCACAGGGAACUAUGAGGAACACCUUUACACUUGAAGAGAAUGAGUACCCAUGGCAAGAAGGUGCCAACAGUUACCAGAACUGCGUAGCCCUGUGCAACCAGAUGCCUCACCGCUGCAAGUCUUCAGCAUGGGAUCAGAACCAACAAGCCUGUGUCUUCUCCUCCAGCUCCGUCUUCUCCUCCGCCUUCACCCCUGGCAACAGUGGCGACCAGGACACAACGUGGAGUGAGCAAAGCUGCUUCAAAUGCUUCUGCCACGACCAAGACCGCGAUGCAUACUCUGCUUCGUUGAGAACGUCUCUUCCUACAGCGACUUGCGCCCCCAGCAUCACGAGUGAGGAAGCUGUUUGCUCGCUCAAGCAGGUUGACAACGGUGAUUUGGUCUGCCAACAUCAGGGUUACUUCCCGUGGCAGUGGGAUGAGGCGCCUUCCAAGUUUCCCAACCAGGAUUCGGAGGAGCGUUGUGCGGCUCUUUGUAACUCGAACCCUGACUGCCAAGCAUCGGGCUGGUCUGAGGAGUAUGGCAAAUGCGCUAUUGGAGUCUGGCAGCUUAAGGGCAUCAGCUGGCAGCAGUUUGGUGAUACGAAGUUGAGCUGGAGUGACAAGGGUUGUUGGGACUGCUCUGACUGCAUCAAGAGUCAGAAAUGGCGUAUUUGGAACUAG